AUGUCACAGCAAAGCUGGCGCAGCCGGAAGACGGAUGUCACCGAAGAUGAGGAGCAUGAGACUGCUCCAGGCGAGGAGGUGAAAAAGACCAAGAAGUCCAAACCUGUAAAGCAGCCAGAUAUGGCACUGUACGAGCAGGCGGAGGCCUUCAACAAAACGCUUCCUACAAGCAUUGAUUUCAGUGUUUCGCAG